AUGCAAGUAAUAACUGAGCAAACUUGUACUGAACACCUUCGUCUACUUCGCAGUCAAGAAAAUGGUCAACCUGUAUGUCAUUACAUUUUAGUACCAUAUGAUAAAAUAUCUAUCAUUAAAAGAUAUGAGAAAGGUGAAAAAAUUAGUAUUACUAAUUGCUAUCGAAUAAUUGAAUAUCGAGAUGAAAAAGGAAAAGUACGUCGAGCAUCGACUUAUGGACAAAAUCCAUCAGAGAAGUUAUCCAAUUGGAUUAAUAAACAAUAUGGUCCAGCUGCUAUCGAUAAAUAUACUACACUUGUCUAUGUUGAAGAUGAUAUUCGUCUAUGUACUAUGCAACGUUCUAAUCUUGAUCAUCUAAUUGGUCUAUCUUAUCAAUUUCAUAAUUUUGAACAUUUUUAUUAUAUUGAAUCUUUAAAGGAUGAAUCGAAUUCUAAAUUAGCUUUCUGUGCUGGUGUUAAAUGUUUUGAUCGAGUUAUUGAAUUCAAUGGUGUUAACAUUGAAGGCGAUUCGGAAGAUGAAUUAUUGAAUAGAAUAGAUAAAUCGAAUGUUUUAACUAUUCAAUUACUCGUUUGUAGUCCAGCAACAUAUGCUCAUUAUAAAUCAAAAAAUAAACACAUUCAUAGCAAUCUUGAAACUGUAAAAGUAAUGAGACCAGUCAAUGAUAAACUUACAACUGGAAGUGAACAAAUUCGAAGUGAUGAAUAUUGUGCUGUACGAUGGGAAGAUGAUAGUGGUGUGAGUACUGUAAAACAAUCUGCAGUGCGUAAACCACCCAAUAGUAUUAGACUUUUUGAACAACGAAUGGUUGAGCGAGGCACUAACUAUCGUAAUGGUCAAAUUAUUUUAAUCGGUUCGAAAAGUGAUUGUGAAAUUUUACGAUAUACGAAUACUUCAUCUAAUCGUGAAGAUGAUACGAAUAAAAUAUCAGAUACGAAUCGUCGAACUCAGCAUGCCACUAGUAAAAUCAAGUCAAAUAAGCAAGAGACCAAACAAAAUGAAAAUAUUCAUCGUGUUCGCUGUGAUGGAUGUCAAUCACGUUAUAUUCAAGAUGAUUGUUAUCGAUGUUUACAAUGCUUAGAUUUCGAUUUAUGUGGAGAAUGUUUUGAAAAACGAUCUGAGAAUGCUGAACAUCGUAGUGGUCAUAUGUAUGUUCAUCUUAAAACACCUAAAGAAUUGUUUGGUAAAUCGAUUACCAAUUUAAAUGAUGAAGUUAAUUUAACUAAGAUAAAAAAAUAUUUUACUUCUGUUGAACAUACUGAUAUUUUUUGCAAUGGUUGCUCAAUGGAGCCAAUUGUUGGAAUACGUUUUAAGUGUGAUACAUGUCCUUGUUAUGAUUUAUGUUUGAAAUGUGUAGAAGAAAAAAUAAUUACACUUCAACAUGAAUCUACUCAUCCAUUAAUUGUUGUCGAUCAAAAUUGUCUACCAGAAAUAGAUAUGAAUGAUUUAAAACUCGAUGACGUUCUUGGUCAAGGUGCAUUUGGUACUGUUUAUAAGAGUCGUUGGUUGUCAAAGAAUCGUCAAGUUGCUUGCAAAAUACUUAAUGUACCACCUGAUCGAUUAGAUUUAUAUGAAAGUUUUCUACGAGAAUUAGGAGCAUAUAAUGAACUAUCCGGUGCUUAUAUUCUAAAAUUAUAUGGUUAUGCUCAUGAACUACCAAAGUAUAAUGGUGGUGUUCAUAAAUGUGCACUUAUCAUGGAAUAUAUGGGUCAAGGUAGUCUUAAAAAUGUUAUUCAAAAUAAGAAACUUUCUUUACAUCAAAAACUGGAUAUGGCUUGGCAUGUGGCUAAUGGAAUGAGAAAAUUACAUGCUCGUAAUAUGAUUCAUCGUGACAUUCGACCUGAUAAUAUUCUUGUCAAUGAUGUUUAUACAGCUAAAAUUGGUGAUAUGGGUAUUGCUCGUUCAAUGACAACUACUGGAGAUGAAAAUUUGACAAUGAUCGGUUGUCAACCUUAUAUGCCACCUGAAUUCUAUACAGGCAUAUAUAAUCAAUCACUUGAUGUUUAUACCUUUGGACUUACUCUCUACUAUAUAUUUACUGAAACUGGACAUCAGUUCGAUUUAUUGUUCAGAAAAAUUUCUUUAUCUCAAGAAAGUCCAGUGUUUAAUGAUCUUAUCGUACGUUGUAUUAAUGAUAGACCGAAACGACGUCCAUCAGCUGUCGAAAUUGAAGCUACACUUAAUUUAUAUAGACGAACAUUUAACAAAUUUAUUUCGACUGAACAUCCGAAAUACGAACAAUAUUCGAUUGAUCGUAUGAAUCAAAUUUUUAUGAAUUCUUAUAAUAAGCUACGUUUAAGACUACAAGAAGAAGUAACAAAAGAAUUAUCAAUAUGUUCAUCUAAUACUGAUGAUGAAAGUGAUAAUGAACAUACGCCUCGUAACUUUGUUGUAUUACUGCAGUGGCUAAUACAAAGCACAGAGCAAACAUGA